AUGCUCCCAGAGGAGGUUCGGAGGCUCCUGGAAGAUGCUGAAUGUUACCUGGUGGAUGGACUGCAGAAUGAAAAUUUGAGCCCUAAAGCAAGGGAGCAGAGGGAUGCAAUUCUCUUCAGCUUUCAGCAAGUCAAAGCCAGGUAUCACUUGGAAUUUCUGCCCCGAGGAGAGGAUCAGCAUGAUGCUGGCUUUGGACAAGACAGUUCUGAUGAAAAUCAGAGCUGGAGUUUGGCCCCUUCCAUGACAUCUGAUGUCUCACUUCCAUCAGACUUCCUGGAUGAUGGACUGGAGGAAAUCACACCGAGGCCUGUUCAAGACACAGGGAACAUUCUGAAGCAAGGAUAUCUGGAGAAGAGGUCCAGAGACCACAGCUUUUUUGGGUCGGAGUGGCAGAAGCGGUGGUGUGUCCUCAACAAAAGGACCUUUUACUACUAUGCCAACGAGAAAAGCAAGCAACCUAAAGGCACCUUCUCCAUCGAGCAAUAUAGUGCCCGGCUGGCUUUCCAUCUCCGCAAAGACUCUCGCAGAAGAUGCUGUUUUGAAUUAAUCUGCCCUGGCAAACGCACCUAUGAGUUCACAGCCCCAAGUCCAGCAGAGGCUGAAGAUUGGGUGGAUCAGAUCCAGUUCCUCCUGAAGGACUUGAGUUCCCUCACUAUCCCAUAUGACGAGGAGGACGAGGAAGAGCUCUACAAUGAUGUGGACAGUUCUGACUCAGUGACCACAGCAUCCCACAACACUACCCUGAAUCAGGAUGAUGGGAUGGAAGAGGAUGACGUCUAUGAGGUUUUUCCAGAGAAGGAGCCCUCCAUCGCAGAGGACAGCAAGGAUGCCGGAAGCGGACAGAGAAAUGGAGGCCCCCAGCGAGAUUAUGCCAAUUACUACCAAGGCAUGUGGGACUGCAGCGGCGAGCACCCCAAUGAGCUCUCCUUCCACCGUGGUGACCUCAUCUACAUCCUGAGCAAGCCAGCUUGUGUCCCCGCUGUCACCCUGUUUUUGCCUGCAGCAUUCAGUGCCACUCCUGUCCGUGCCUCCUGCAUUCACAUGUGGCACUUGAAAUGCCCCAAAGCAAGAUUUUUUUCGCAAAUUAAUCUCACAGAAGCAAACUCGGCAGCAUCGAGGCUGCAGUUUUAG